UUUUUUUUUUUUUUUUUUUUUUCUCGCACUCUGCGCUCAGAAAAUAAGUAUCUAAAAUUUUGUCAUAAAAUCUCUAGUUGUUAAUUUAUGGGGCAGAGUUUUAUAUGUGAUGCUAUAAAUUCCGAUUUUUGGGGUCGGUAAACAGAGUUCGAGCGUGUGCUUCUGAGUUGACAUGGUGGGCCAGGUCCAUGCAUGUCAUCUCAGAACAAUUCCGAUUUUACAGGAGUUAACCCGGCGUGGGUGGUCCACGGUACAAUCCCUGGCUCGGUCGGAACAAAUCUCGGCGAGCCGAGGAGUAGCGCUCAAGUGCAACGGUUACUCAUCGCGACAAGCUGGCGGGUCCCACAUAAGCAGCCCCCGUCCGCCUCGGGCAACGCGCUCGAGCGAACAGCUAGCGAGCGAGCGAGCGAGCGAUUCAGAUUUUCAGCGAGCGAGCGAGAGAGAGAGGGAAGCAGAGAAGGAGGGAGAAGAGAGCUACUACCAUCGGUGCCUAGAAUCCGGUUGCUCAAAGGUAAAGUUGGAAACUAUAAUGAGAAGGAGAGAAGUGGGAAACAGUGAAUCUCAUCCAAUUGUUGAUCAGGAACACACUAAACCUUUGGAUAAUCAUCAAUACAGGCAUCGGCGUAGAUCAGGGGAUAUAACAUGGAUCAAGAUCAGUGAUCACUCAUGGUGGCCAUCUCAGGUUGUUGAUGAAGAAAGUGUGGCCAAUAAACCAAAAAAGAAAGCAAAGGAUGAAGUACUUGUUCGGAUAUAUGGAACUUGCAAGUACUUCUACGUGGACCCAUUAAAAUUCAUUUCUGAGUUUGAGAGUGUGAGAAAGCGAGAAAAUAUUAGUACCAGAGAAUUAUUAAAGAAAACUUUGGAGCAGGAUAUAUCUAAAAUGAAAUCAGCUGGCAAGUCUAAGAGAAAAUUACGUGAACCAAAAGAUAAUGAUGCUGCUAAAGCUUCUAAUCACAAGAAGCAGAAGCAAGACUCUAGGGGGGGGAAUCAAGAAGAAACUGUAUCUGCAUCUCCAGUGAUUACUUCAGGUAAAUCAGAAGCGAAGAAAGUUUAUACAAGGAGUGAAGCUUUAAGACAGAGAGAAGCAAAGUUAGAAGUCACUAGAGAAUCAACAAAAAUGGAAAAUGCUAAACCUGAACCUCGUAAAGAGAACAUUAUGAAUCAAUGCACGCGUAGAGAGCAAAAUGCUACAAAAUUGUCAAGAAAAGCAUCCGUGAAAAAUAUUUCUGGGCAAGAUGGUUUAAGAAGAUCAAGCCGUAUUAAUGCCAAGGAACAGACAUCUGAGAGAGUUGCAAGUGAAACUUCCCCUCCAGGAGAUGCUGGUGGGAGACAAGAUAAGAUGGGAAAGGCAAAUGAAACUAAGAAGGCUCAAAAUGGAAUGGCGGGACAUAACAAUCAAAAGCGAGUUGGUUUCGGGCAUCCUGAGAGUGAAGUCAGUGAGGAAGAAAUAAGAGCUAUGGUUAGAGAUGUAAUUUUUAGAGAGAGAACUUCUAAGCAAAGUGUAAAUGGAAAGCCCAAUGCAAAAGAGGAGAUAGGGAAUGGAGCCUCUGAAGUUGGAAAUGCAAAGGGAGAAGGCUUUGGAAAGAAGGAGCGCGAACAUGCUGAGAAACAAGUGAAUAUAGUGAGCAGUGCAGAAACAUUAACAGGGUUGGUGAGGAAAGAAGGCCCUGAAGUUGGAACCGUGAAGAAAGAUAGUUUCAGGAAACAGAAGAUUGAGGAUGCCGAGGAUCGGGUUACCAAAAAAAUUGUAGCUAAAACUUCGAGAGAGAAAGAAGUGAAACAAUUGGAUACUGAAGAGAAAGAGAGCAACAACGCAACAAAUUGUACAUUGAGAACUAAAAUGUUCGAUAAAGAUAAUUCUACAACUCUAAAACCAAACGAAAUCAAGGAGCAGGAGACUGCAAAGGGGAGAGAUAAAGCUUCAAAACAUGAAAGCAGAAGACAAGGUAAUGCAGGCAUACCAACUGUUACAGAGGAUGUAGGUGAAGCUUGCAAGGCUAAAAAAAUUGGAAAAGUUGAUCCAAACAAAUCGAAGCAGUUAGAUUUUAAUGGACAGGUGGUAGAAAAUGGUAGUUGUAGGGCUUCAAAAUACAAAGGGAGUGGGGAAAAGGAGACAAGAAAACAGGGAGAGGCUAAAUCUGGAGCUUGCCAAGGCAAACCAUUCAAUCAAAAUGAUUCAAAGCAGAAGGAGAAUAGCAAUAUCAAGAUGCAUCAAAGUACAGUGACCACCACACCUAUAAAACAUGCGGUUACGGAAGAAAGAGGCCAUCUUAGUGCACGGCAGCUUAGGGUAAUGCAACGUCUGGGUCUCGUUGCUCCUCCUGGUUCUCCAUUUGCGAAAAAAUAGAUUGGUCACAGCUGCACCAAUGGGACAUUGAUAGGAUAUAUGCACACAUAUUUAGUCAUAUUGAUCACCUCUUCAUAGCAUAGACGGCUCUUUUCGUAGACUAACUUCAGCUAUUAUUUCAUUUUACUUUUAGUCUCUGAUCCCCUAUGAGUAUUUUUGAUCUAGAGCUGCAUUGGAUGAAAAGGAUGUGGCAACCUUUAAUACAAGUAGAUUGUGAGUUAGCAGAUGCUAUUUUACUAAGUCAGAUCACUAAUAUUAAAGACUAUUUUUGAACUGUUUCAUA